AACUUUUUUUUUCUACCGAUGUUGUCUGGCCCAAGGCGCAAUGACGUCAGGAGCGUGUGACGUCACCAGUCCGACAGGACAGACCGAACACGGGGCAAGAUGGCGGCGGGUUUGGACGUGUCAAAACUUUGUGGGCUGGUUUUCCUUUCCUGUUUCCUACUUCUACCAACAGUUUGUUUUGCACAGGGAGGUACAGAUGGUACAGAACAACCACAGCCCAAUGCCUCAGUAAGUCCUGGAGGAGGUGGCGGGGACCUGCAAACAACGACUCCAGCAGUACCUGCUGAUGCUCCAGUGGAAGUGAACUCCACAGAAAACACUCCCGCACCCACCCCUACACCUGGAGUGGUUCCUUCCCAGACCAAUUCAUCCACCCCUGCACCUGAAGUGGUUCCUUCCCAGACCAAUGCAUCCACCCCUGCACCUGAAGUGGUUCCUUCCCAGACCAACGCAUCCACCCCUGCACCCGACGUGGUUCCUUCCGAGGCUAGUCCCAACACCACAGUGGUACCAAGUACGAGUACACCAGCAGCCUCAACCAAGGCCAGCACUACCGAAUCAGCAGCCACUCCGGCACCGAUGUCUACCAAUGCCAGCACUCCUACAGCACAGCCGGUAGGUGCAGCUUCCACAGAGAGCAAGACAGAGAAACCGUCAACACCAGAGGAAACAACCAAGGCCAUGGCAAAGCCCACCACCACGACAGAGUAUGUAGAGCCAACCAAGAAGUCCACACCAGGGCCAUCAACGGUACCUGCAACACCAGCCACAGAAACCAAACCAGCAGAGAAGAUGACAACACAGACCAUUCCACAAGUGCACACCACUAUCCAAGGGGAUGUGAACAAUGGCACCAACACUACCCUUGGGGACUCCCACAAUGACCCACAAUACCAUGACAACGAGACGUUGGACCCCGCCCUGGCGUUCUUCAUCGCUGUGCUGGUCAUCCUUGUGGUCAUCGCUCUGGUAGCCACCAUCUGGUGGAAACAACGACGUGCAAACUUCCAGGCUAUUGGUGGAGAUGUACCAAUGAGCUGGUUCUCAAGGUCUGGAAAGAAGGGGUUUGAGCGACUAGAAGAUACCGAGCCUAUGUUGGACGACUUGGAAGAAUCUCACCUCAUCGCAAAUGCUCGUUGAAGACAACCACAUGUACCAGUUUACCGCAGAAAGAUUCCAAGCAAGUUGUGCCUUAGAUGUUAAGAUCUGUAGAAGCAUGGACAUGGUCAUUCCAAUAUAAUGCAAUUGUAGUUAUGCAGCAGCUUUGGAGCUUAUGUAACAGGGAAAGAAAGUUUAAGCUUUCAUGACAUCUGGUGUAUUUUACCAGUUAUACUUACAGUUGUAAUAUAUUUUUGAAAUUGGGGAGGACAUGCUACAUAUUUGGUUGUGCAUAUUUUGUUCACAAUGACUGGAUGUUACUAAUCAGCUACAUGUAGUUGCAGAAUAGAAAAUAUUUUAGUUUUUUCCAUCAACUCAUUAGUUAAAGCCUGUUUUUGUUGGCUAAGGGAUAUUCCAGAAAAGGAGAACUUUGACAAACAAUAUUUUUGCCAGCUCUAUACAGUGAAAAUUACUGUGCUUCCCAGCAUAUUAGCUAAUGUUUUCUGCAGUGUUACAUUCCACAGGGAAAUUGCUGAAGAAUUUGUACAGAAUCUUAUAAAACAUACAUCUGAAAUUAACUUUUAGACCUAUCUUGCAAUAAUCUUUUCACAAUAAAUAGGAAUUUUAACAAAGUUGAAGUGGAGAUUUCAGAAGGGGGCCAAAAAGCUUAAAAAUGAAACUGAUGUAUAUUUUCAUCUGGGCAAUAGAUUAUAUUUAUUCUAUGUCAUCCUUUAAAGCUGCAGUAUGCAUACAAGUCUGUUUAAUGAAAAGAUUUGUCUGGUUUUUAAGCAGGUGUUUAUCAGUAUUUUGCAAUACAAGGAAAGUGUAUUAAGUUGUGUGUGUUGUUGUGGAAAGCCCUGUUUAGAUUGAGAGCUUGUCAACACUUGGAAUGUGUAAUCUCCACUUUCUUCCAGGGUGUUACAAAGUGGACUCGGACCCCCGUGCCUUGAUCAUGACAUGUAAAAGAAUUGGGUUUCUCCAGAAAUACUUCAUUAAACUUGUGCAAAAUGAAGUGGUUUGAAAGGUAGAAGUCAGCAGUACAGAAGAGCACCUGUGUUGAUGUUCUGUACCUGUAGUGCGCUGUUGUGGCAGGUUUCGUUGAGUCACUCCUAUCUCAGGCUGUACCAUCUCCUGUCCUGUGCCAUCUGCUUGUGUAUGGUUUUGUGCUUUAUGUUGGCAAUAUAUAAAUCAAAAUUGCCGUUUACAGACAUGUGAUGUGAAGUGCGCAAUUCAUAAUGUAUGUGCUUGGGUUUGAUAAAUUAUAAUUUGUCAACUGUGUGCCAGCAAGGUACAAGGAAUCAUGCAGCAUACAUCACUUUCAAACAAUUCCAGUGACCAAACAGCUAGUUGUAUAAAUUGUGUACAUGAUGCUCAAGUUUUGAACUAUUACUAAACUUAUUUGUUCUAAAACUUAUCUUUUGAUCAAGACUUAUAAUUGUAAUGUAAAUCAACAGUUGUGUGUUACAUAUCUUAACAUACUGUAAGUGCUCAUGCUGCUAGAAGCUUUCCUUUACCAUUCCUUGGUGUAAAUUGAUUAUUGUUCUUUAGGAAAAUCUAACCUCAACUGUCUGUAAACAUAUCGAGUACUAUUUGAACUUAAUUGAUAUCAUUUAAUGAUACAGCUUUCUGUAGAUACAUCUCUAUUUUACCUCUAACUGAAAAAUAGCAAAUUUCAUGUACUUUGAUAGCACAACCAAGCUGUUCAAAUUCUGGUAUGAAUAUGUAUGCUUCUUUCCAUGUAGGAUAUUCAUAGGGGUCUAUAUUUGAAACCAGAGUAUUUUAGGAAAUUAAAACAGGUGGAAGACUCAG